AACAGUGUACAGAUAUUGUCAGUAACAUUCUCACAACAUUAAUUUAUGGGAAGCAUUUCCUGUUUGCUCAAGUUAGUCCUAAUUUGGCAUUUUACUCCUUUGCCAUCAUCUUGGCAGUAUAUCGCAAAGUUUUUACUUUGUUAACACGUCUAAAGGGGAAUGGGGCUCUGUUGGCUGGGACACAAAAAGACAACGCGUAAAACUCGAGGCUUUCUGACCACAAGCUCAGGAAAUGCGUGAUAAAAUACCAUGAACAGGAAAACAGCUGGGAAAGCGCAUUUCGCAACGGGAGCUUUGUCGGGCUGCUAUCGGGAGUAUGAGUACCGAGAAGCGCCGGGGCUGCGAUUCGGAGCCGCUUCGUCGGUGAAAGAUUUCUUACGCGAUAGGCCUAAUCACUGCCGGAGAUUACGCCCAGAAUGGAUCUCCAGAUUUCACAGACUAUCACCAUAAUGCUUGUAGCUUUUUUUUAGCGCUUAGGAGGAUGUAAAGUCAAAAUAGUUAAUUUGCUCUGUAUGCGUGCUUUAACUAAAAUAGGAAAACAACGAAGAAAAGCAGAAUAUGGGAUUAAAUUAAUUCGUUCUCUAUCUGAUCUGAAUUGAAAGAUUUCGCAAAAAAAAAACAGGAAGGAAUUCAUUCUAAACGGCACGGAGAAAACAUCCAGAGAUGUACACUCCUUCAGCAGUGGUCCUGGUUCUCCUUCACCUCGGCCUGCGCUCCAGAGGAGCUCCUCAGGACCUGGCCUCUAAGGGGAAAGUUCAGUGCACAUGCAAGAGUAUGGAAUGUGACAGCGCCACCUGCCUGGGUUACCUGUGCUAUUUCACUGUGGCGGAGGGCCAGGAGCGGAGGGGCUGCUUUGACCUGGACGGGGAGCAGCUGCAGUGUGUCAGUCUGCCCAAGGUCUACACCAAGUGCUGCUCCUCUGACCACUGUAACGCCAACAUCACCGCGCCUGGUGACACAGCGGAUGACAGGACAGCGGUGCUGGUGACCAUGCCUGUGCUGGCGCUGCUCGUCCUGUCCGUCGGACUCGCCGGGUUUAUCUGGUGCUGGAGGAAGCGGCAGGCCAAGCGGUACCAGCGAGAAGAUGACGGGGUCAUAGUGCCCAAGGCGUCCAGCAAGGACGAGCCCACGUACGGGGACAUGUUUGAUGAGUUCUGCACGUCUGGCAGUGGCACCGGCCUGCCGUACCUGGUGCAGAGGACAGUGGCCCGGCAGAUCAUGCUGGUCGAGUGCGUUGGAAAAGGACGCUAUGGUGAAGUGUGGCGGGGAACCUGGAUGGGGGAGAAUGUGGCCGUGAAAAUCUUCUCCUCCCGGGACGAGCAGUCCUGGUUCCGCGAGACUGAGAUCUACAACACUGUGCAACUUCAGCAUGAAAACAUCUUAGGUUUCAUCGGGUCAGACAUGACGUCCAAGAACUCCAGCACGCAGCUGUGGCUGAUCACGCACUUCCACGAGCCAGGCUCGCUCUUCGACGUCCUGCAGCACCGGAGCCUGACGCCCGACAGCUGCCUGACCAUGUGCCUGUCCGCGGCCAGCGGCCUGGUGCACCUCCACACGCCCAUCCUGGGCAUGCAGGGCAAGCCCGCCAUCGCACACCGGGACCUGAAGAGCCGCAACAUCCUGGUCAAAAAGAACGGGCAGUGCUGCAUCGCCGACCUGGGCUUGGCUGUCAUGCAAUGCGAGACCGGUGACUACCUGGACAUCGGUAACAACCCUCGGGUCGGGACCAAGCGCUACAUGGCCCCCGAGGUUCUGGAUGAGACCAUACAGACUGACCAGUUUGCCUCCUACAAACAGACUGACAUCUGGGCCCUGGGCCUGGUACUGUGGGAGAUCUCCCGCCGGACUGUGGUGAACGGAAUCGUUGAGGAGUACCGCCCCCCCUUCUUUGACCUGGUGCCCUCAGAUCCCAGCUUCGAGCAGAUGAAGAAGGUGGUGUGUGUGGACCAGCAGACUCCCAGCCUCCAUAACCGCCUGCACUCCCACCCGAUUCUUGCAGCCAUCACCAAGGUCAUGAAGGAAUGCUGGUUCCAGGACCCCAAGGCCCGGCCCACAGCCCUGCGUCUACGCAAGACCCUCUCCAAGUUGGACCAGGACAUUGACCAUGAGUUACACAAACUUAAAUUGGACCUAUAGCUUCCCUGAAAUCCGCUCUUCGGUUGUAACACACCUGGAGAAAUUCACCACUCAUGUGGGCACUCCAAUAAGGGAGAUGCUACUAGAGCAGGCUUUUGGACAGAACUGGGCUCUUGUCCAUUAUUUGGGGGGGGGGGGGCAAUGAGACAAUUUAUCAAAUAAUGUGAUAUACAUGUGCUUUCUUAGUGUCAGGUCCUGACAAAUGAUGAACUAUGAACAGCUGUCCGGGGGCAUCGAAACUUAACAGAGACUUCAGAUCAUGAACUGCACCUUCAAAGUCCUGAAUCCCAUUCACAGCAUUGAUUUUAGCAAUGUCUCUAGAUAACAUGAUGUCCAUGAAUGCAGCAGGACCCCCGUAAAGACCAUGUCACUGAAACCAAUGAGAUCCCUGAAGCCAGCAAUGUCCCCGCAUAAAACCAUGUCUCUGAAUGCAGUGAGGUUCCUACUCACAGCAACGUCCCCACAUAAAACCAUGUCUCUGAAUGCAGUGAGGUUCCUACUCACAGCAACGUCCCCACAUAAAACCAUGUCUCUGAAUGCAGUGAGGUUCCUACUCACAGCAACAUCCCUGCAUAAAACCGUCUCUGAAUGCAGUGAGGUUCCUACUCACAGCAACGUCCCCGCAUAAAAUCAUGUCUCCGAAUGCAGUGAGGUCCCUACUCACAGAAACGUCCCCGCAUAAAAUCAUGUCUCCGAAUGCAGUGAGGUCCCUACUCACAGCAACGUCCCCGCAUAAAACCAUGUCUCUGAAUGCAGUGAGGUCCCUACUCACAGAAACGUCCCCGCAUAAAAUCAUGUCUCCGAAUGCAGUGAGGUCCCUACUCACAGCAAUGUACCUGCAUAAAACCAUGUCUCCGAAUGCAGUGAGCAAAGAUGUCUCCCAGCCUUUCGAUGGAUCCCAGUAUGCAGCAACGUCCUUGCAUAAAUCUAUGCCGCCGAAUGCAGUUAGAUCCAUGCACACAGCAACGUCCCUACACAAAAUGAUGUCCCUGAAUGCAGUGAAGUCCCUGCACAAAACAUGGUCUCUCCACACAGUGAACUGUUGGUGUGGUCAGUAGCCAUGGUCUCCACUAAUGAUCUUGACUUUCAUCUCUUAUACAUGAGCAAAGAGGGGCUUGAGAUGUUAUGGACCUUGUUGUGAGUUUUGCCUGUGCUUCGGAAACCUGACGUGCAGUGGAUCCUGAGAUUGCAGGAAAGGCCAGCUAUAAGCACUUAUACUGAGUUCAGCAUGUCCCUCAAGCGUGCAGAUCAGCUCCACAUUCCAAAGGAAACAUGUUUGCGCUGCGUUUAAUGUCAGUAACGCUGGAAGGAUUUUUACUCGCUGCAUGUUAGAACAGAAAUUUCAUAUCAGCCAUGAAAGUUCAGAAACUUGUUUCCCUUGCAAGCAGAUUUAUUUAAAAUGCACUUUGUAUAAUGCUAUGUGAUUUUAAACAUUUGAUUUGCUGAGAAGCUAUAUUUUUAUUCACGAUAUACAGGGAAUAUGUUUAUAAAUAUAUUAUACUCAACUUUAGAACAUUUUUACCCUUUAUUCGUGGUCACAGUUGUAAAUUGGAUUUUUCCAUCUGUAAUGGUCUGUCUCAAUAGAUUAUUACUUCACUUUAAAGUUACAUUGAAUACAGCAAGUAUCUCUCAGGUUGACUAGGGCUCUUUUAACUAGAUAUGGAAUGUAAACCUCGAUCAACCUUUUCUGAUAAAAGUUGUCGUGUGAUGAGAAGGGUACUGCCUGAGAUUUGGGGCACCCAACCCAGAUCAGUCAUAUUAUGUUACCCAUGGCCCUCAUCAGUGUAUUAAAACUAUACCGCGGUAUGAACUCUUGCGAAUAUGUUCAGCUGUAUGGUUAAUAUUAAGACAGGAGCACCUUUGAUGCGAUAGCUGUUGUAGUUUCACUGAUGACGUAAAGGACCAGUGGAAAAAGGUAGGAACGCACUGGAGGGAAUUCUGCUGGUGAGAGGCACUCUGACCACAUACAUUUACUGCGAUGCACUCCUUUGCCUGUCACUCAGUAACUCUUUGGUCGUGGUUUUCCUUUAAUAUAACGUACCCGUUCUGUCAGUCUCUACUCUCGUCAGCUGGCAGCGUCUCCGUCCAUGUUCUGAGUUUAAAGGAAUAGUGAGGCACCAAUUUCGCCGCGUGCUCCCUGUAGGAGAGAGCAGCGCACGAUUCCUUCCGAACCACUUCUGUGCGUGUGCGUUUUAAUCUGAGCCCACGCCCAGGUGCCAGAACACUUUCUCAAAUGUAACCAGAAGCUUGUUACUCAGGCUGCAUCUCAGAUGUCAAAAUGUACAAUUAGUCAUUGUUAUUUUAUUUUUAUUUUUUUCAGUUUCAGGAACACUUUCGCAAUUGAUUCGUGUUUAAUGUAUUAUUUAUCGCUAUUGCAAAAUGUCGGGCUGUUAAAUAUUGCAUCAUUUAAUUGCUAGAUAAAUCAUACACAUACCAAGCCGAAUAUAUUUAGUGAUGUGGGAUGCUGGCAAGGGAUGCUAUAUAAAAAAUUAACAGCCAUCAGAAAGCAACAUGCAAUGGGAUUAAGUACAACUUUGAACGGUAUUUUAAUUAAAUGAAUCUGUUUCACCUGAUUAAGUUUUGCGUCGGUCAGUGCUUCCUUCAUAAAACAUGUUCCCAUG